UACUCUUUGAAAGCAAAACAUAGUCUAUCACCCUCACCUUCUAGCUCUACUAGCUACUUCUUCUUCUCUCCUUCAGUAAAAUAAAAAUGAGCAACUAUCAGAUUCAGAGACUCAACAAUGCUCCAAUAUCCUUUUCUCUCUUACCAAAACUCCCUUCCAAUAAUAUCCUCAUGAUGAGGAACAAUGGUGCCAACCCGUUCCUCCAAUUCCUUCCCAAACACCAAAAUUUUCCUAGAAAAUAUAGGAAAAGUUGCAUACUUUGUAGUUCCAAAAAUGUAAAACCAGUUGAGUCACCAGCUGUGUCCAGGGUGAGUACUAGUAGUACUGUAGCAGACAAGGCAGUGAAAAUAAAGGCAACAGUAACAGUUCAGGCGACGGUGGGAGGGUUUUUCUCGAACAUUGGGAUCACACGGCCACUCGAUGAAAUUACUGAUUUGCUUGGAAAGACUUUCCUCUUGCAGUUUGUUAGCACAGAGCUCGAUUCUAAUUCAGGGCAGGAGAAGGAAACAAUUAAGAGUUAUGCUCAUAAAAUCAGCCAACAAAACGACGAAGUGAAAUAUGAGAGCAGCUUCACAAUCCCAGCAGGCUUUGGAGAAAUUGGAGCAGUUUUGGUGGAGAAUGAACACCACAAGGAGAUUCACCUCAAGAACAUAGUCCUCGAUGGCCUUCCAAAUGGCCCACUUAACUUUACAUGUAAUUCAUGGGUUCACUCCAAGCAUGACAACCCCAAAAAGAGAAUUUUCUUUGCCAACAAGUCCUACUUACCAUCAGAGACACCAAGUGGUUUGAAGAAGCUGAGGGAAUUGGAGCUGCAAAACCUGAGAGGCAAUGGAGAGGGAGAGAGAAAGACAUAUGAGAGGAUUUAUGAUUAUGAUGCAUAUAAUGACCUUGGAGAUCCUGAUAAAAGCAGUGAAUUGGCACGCCCAGUUCUUGGUGGAAAGCAACACCCAUAUCCUAGACGCUGCAGAACAGGACGUCCACACUGCAAAAAGGACACUUUGUCAGAAAAAAGAAGCAGCAGCGUGUAUGUGCCAAGGGAUGAGGCAUUCUCAGAGGUUAAGCAGCUCACAUUCGCUGCCAAGACAUUGCGAUCUGUGGUUCAUGCAUUGCUUCCUCAGAUUGAGAUUUCACUGCUUGAUCCUCACCUGGGAUUUCCAUACUUCACAGCUAUAGAUUCUCUGUUUAAUGAAGGGGUCACAAUGCCUAAGCCCAAAACCAAUGGCCUUUUUCAGUCUGUUUUACCCAGAUUAGUGAAGGCUAUUACCGAUGGGGAAGGAGAUCUUUUGCUUUUUGAGACUCCUGAAAUAAUUGAAAGGGAUAAAUUUGCUUGGUUCAAAGAUGAAGAAUUUUCUAGGCAAACUUUAGCUGGUCUAAACCCAUAUUGCAUACAAUUAGUUACUGAAUGGCCAUUGAAAAGUAAACUAGACCCACAGAUCUAUGGCCCACCUGAAUCAUUGAUCACUACAGAACUAGUGGAACGCGAGAUUAGAGGAAUCAUGACCGUCAAUGAGGCCUUGAAAAGAAAGAAGCUGUUUAUGUUAGAUUAUCAUGAUCUAUUCAUGCCUUAUGUGAACAAAGUAAGAGAGAUUGAAGGAACAACCUUAUAUGGUUCCCGAACGCUCUUCUUCCUCACAGAGGAAGAAACACUAAGGCCUAUUGCUAUUGAACUCGCUAGACCACCCAUUGAUGACAAACCACAAUGGAAGCAAGUUUUCACUCCCACUUGGGAUGCUACUGGUUGCUGGUUAUGGAGACUGGCUAAAGCUCAUGUCUGUGCACAUGACUCUGGCUAUCAUCAGCUUGUCAUUCACUGGUUAAGAACUCACUGUUGCACUGAGCCAUACAUAAUAGCAACAAACAGACAAUUAAGCGCAAUGCAUCCAAUCUACAGACUAUUACAUCCUCAUUUUCGAUACACAAUGGAAAUCAAUGCAUUUGCUAGGGAGAGCCUCAUCAAUGCUGGGGGAAUCAUAGAGUCCACCUUCUCACCGGGAAAGUAUUCAAUUGAGCUCAGUUCAGCUGCUUAUGACCAGCUAUGGCGUUUCGACAUGGAAGCUUUGCCAGCAGAUCUCAUUAGAAGAGGAAUGGCAGUUGAGGAUCCAACAGCAGAGCAUGGUUUGAAGCUAACAAUCAAAGAUUACCCAUUUGCCAAUGACGGUCUAAUCCUCUGGGACGCCAUUAAACAAUGGGUCAGUGACUAUGUGACCCAGUACUACCUAGAACCAACCAUGGUUGAAUCCGACAAGGAGCUUCAAUCAUGGUGGACAGAAAUUAGAACAAAAGGUCACGAAGACAAAAAAGACGAGCCAUGGUGGCCAAUCCUCAAAACACCAAAAGAUCUAAUCCAAAUCCUGACCACCAUGAUCUGGGUCACAGCAGGACACCAUGCGGCAGUGAACUUCGGUCAGUACACGUACGCCGGGUAUUUCCCCAACAGACCCACCAUAGCUCGGACCAACAUGCCAACAGAGAACCCAUCUGAGGAAAAUUUCCGACACUUCUUGAAAAAACCAGAAGUGGCUCUGCUAAUGUGCUUCCCAUCUCAGAUCCAAGCGACGAAAGUGAUGGCGGUGCUGGACGUGUUGUCGAACCAUUCGCCGGACGAGGAGUAUCUGGGUGAGAACAUGGAGCCGUCUUGGGAAGAAAACGAUGCCAUCAGAGCCGCUUUCGAGAGGUUCAAUGGGAGGUUGAAGAAGCUCGAAGAGGUUAUCGAUGAGAGGAAUAGCGAUUUGCGUUUGAAAAACAGAGCUGGUGCUGGGGUUGUUCCGUACGAGCUUCUGAAGCCAUUUUCCAAGGCUGGGGUGACUGGCAAGGGAGUCCCUAACAGCAUUUCUAUCUAAAGUAUCUACCAUAUUAAUUUGGGUGAAUUUUAUGAAUUCAAAAUCUACGAUGUCCCAAACUAAGAAUAUAUAUAUAUAUAUAUAUAAUGAUUGGAAUAAA